AUGAAGAUCAUUAAUAAUUUUCAAGAUAACUUCAAGAGAUCAGACCUGAUCCAUCGAGAGACGAGGCCGGAACCGGCGAUACGCUGCUCGACGCUUCGGGGAGCGACGAGGCUCCCGAAGGCCCCGGACCACCGGAGCGAGGCCAGGCUCAGGAUAGACCCGAAGGUCCUCGUCUUCGUCGAGACCCUCUAUUCGAGACUGGGUCGCGAGAUCGCCGAGCUCCUCGUCUAUAAUCGCAUAAAGUACAAAGUCGAGGUAGCGGGAAAGUCCCUGCCCGUCCUCACGAAUUUAGAUAAGGGACGCUACGGUGUGUUGAUCUUCGAGAACCUGAACAAAUACUUGCAGAUGGACAAAUGGAAUCGCGAACUACUUGACAAAUAUUGUCGGGAAUAUUCGGUGGGCAUCGUCGGCUUCACGCCCCCGGGCGAGGAGAGUCUUGUCGGCGCUCAGCUCAAAGGUUUCCCCCUCUUCGUCCACACCAAUCUGAGACUGAAGGACGCCCAGCUGAACGCGGCUUCGCCUAUCCUGCGACUGACGAGGGCCGGCGAGACGGCCUGGGGUCCACUACCCGGCUACGACUGGACGAUAUUCCAGGCGAACCACAGUACGUACGAGCCCCUCGCCUGGGCUCAUCGUGACAGCCUCGAGUACGCCACCCACGGGGGGCCACUCGCUACGGUCAUGCAGGAUCACGGCCGAUACGAUGGUAUCCAGCGGGUUCUGUUCGGCGGUGGCCUCAAGUUCUGGCUGCACAAGCUCCUUCUGCUGGACUCCCUGUCGUAUCUGUCGCACGGACAGCUGAGUCUGAGCCUCAGCCGCAUGAUCCUCGUUGACGUUGACGACAUAUUCGUGGGGGAGAAAGGAACGAGAUUGAAGAAGGACGACGUGCUCGCGCUUCUAGCUACGCAGCAAAGGAUACAGGCUCUCGUGCCAGGUUUCAAAUUCAACUUGGGGUUUUCCGGCAAGUACUUCCAUCAUGGGACGACCGAGGAGAAUCUGGGAGACGAUAUGAUACUGGAGAACGUCGACAGAUUUACGUGGUUUUCUCACAUGUGGAAUCAUCAGCAACCCCACCUCUACGAGAACGUAACCCAUCUGCAGCUCGACAUGGCCUUAAACAAGCAAUUCGCAAAGGAACACGGGAUACCGACGGGGAGCGGCUACAGCGUCAGUCCCCAUCACUCCGGGGUCUAUCCCGUGCACGAGGGCCUCUACGAGGCCUGGAAGAAAAUCUGGAACAUUAAGGUCACGAGCACCGAGGAGUACCCGCACCUGAGGCCGGCGAGGCUCAGGCGCGGAUUCGCACAUCGUGGCAUCAUGGUACUGCCAAGGCAGACAUGCGGUCUAUUUACGCACACAAUAUUUAUCGAAAGAUAUCCUGGCGGCCGAGAUAAGCUGGACGAGUCGAUCCAGGGCGGCGAACUAUUCCAGACUAUCGUUUACAAUCCGAUAAACAUUUUCAUGACACACAUGUCGAAUUAUGGGAACGAUCGGCUGGCACUGUACACCUUCGAAUCCGUCAUCAAGUUCAUUCAAUGCUGGACGAAUUUACGCCUGUCGAGUGCCCCGCCCCUUCAGCUGGGCGAGAGAUACUUUCAGCUCUAUCCGGAAGAGACGGAUCCAGUCUGGGGUAAUCCCUGUGACGAUCAAAGGCAUCAAAGAAUUUGGUCGAAAAACAAAACUUGUGAUCAAUUGCCAAGAUUUUUGGUGAUUGGACCUCAGAAGACUGGAACAACGGCAUUAUAUACAUUUUUAUCUCUUCAUCCCGCCAUCAGUAGUAACUUACCUAGUCCCGAUACAUUUGAAGAGAUUCAAUUUUUUAAUGGAAAAAAUUAUUACAGGGGCUUAGAUUGGUAUAUGAGCUUUUUCCCUGCAACUAAGAACGAAAGCUCUCGCUACCUCUUCGAAAAGUCAGCGACGUACUUCGACGGUGAACUUGUUCCUCGACGAGCUCAUGCGCUCCUUCCAAAAGCCAAGCUCAUCACGAUACUCCUUUCGCCCGCCAGGAGGGCCUAUUCUUGGUAUCAGCACACCAAGGUACAUGGUGACAUUACGGCCAAGAAUUAUUCUUUCCACUCCGUGAUAACGGCCACCGACACCGCGCCAAAAGCAUUAAGGGAUCUCAGAAAUAGAUGUCUUAAUCCUGGAAAAUACGCUCAGCAUCUCGAGAGGUGGCUUUCUUAUUAUCCAGCUCAGCAAUUACACAUUAUCGAUGGUGAACAAUUACGUCAAAAUCCCGUUGAAACUCUCCACGAGCUACAAAGGUUUUUAAAGAUAAAUCCAACGUUCAAUUAUUCAACACAUUUAAGGUAUGAUCCAAAGAAGGGUUUCUUUUGUCAAGUGACGAAUGAAGAUCGUACGAAAUGUCUUGGUAAGAGUAAAGGUCGCCAAUAUCCACCAAUGGAAGAUAAGUCUUAUAAGUUCUUACAGAGGUAUUACUUGUCGCACAAUACAGCAUUAGUGAAGCUUUUGAAACGCUUGGGCUCAAGAGCAAUACCGCAAUGGCUGAAGGAUGACCUUACGGAUACAGUGAUGACCUAGCAAACGUUGCUUCAAUGAAACGUUAGCCAUAGCACGAUCGAGGAUAUACUUCUCGCAGUCGUGUCAAUCCUAUCGCAGAAGGAGAGUUUGUAAUUAAUUGUACAGUACUGAAAAUACGUAGGCGCUGGACUUAAUAUUCCGCGUUCAAUGGAGUUCUGUGUAUAAAGCAGCAGUCAAUGGUGAAGCCGCGAAUAGGGCCUAAAGAGCCAAAUGAAAAUAAAAACUAGUCAUUAAGAAAUGUUGAAUGAAUACGGAUAGACUGUAUGAAAAAGAAAAAAGAAAACAAUAACGUGAAGAAAACGUGUUAUCGAUGGUUAUUUAAUUGUAUACUACUUAUUUGUUGUAAUGCUCAUUUCUGAGUAAAUCAAGGAUUGCUGUUGAGUAAAAAAUGUUAUAUCUCAGAGUGCCAUCGAUAUUUUAACAAAUAUUUUCUCCGGAUGAACGACACUUUUCUGUUAAAAAGUUAAUCUUGGACCAGUGUUUUUCACACGUGUAUAAAAACAAAAACAAUGCAAUAUUUAAUAUCGUUGAUGAUGAUCACUUAAAAUCGUCCAAAAUUCUUUUGGUUGUGAAAACAACGGGGAGCGUCUUUUUUUUUAAAAAAAAAAAAAAAAAA